AUGCCUCCGCGAGGGGCCAAUCUGACGGGCAACACCCUGAGCCCAUUAAAUACCAACACGACAGCCACUCACAACAACAGCUCUGGUCGCCGUCCAUCGCUGCUCUCGCCCGUCGAGUACGAUGCCGACGCCGUCUCGAUCCGCAGCGACCAAGACAGCGACAGCGAUGACGACCAGCUGCAGCAGCGGGCGCGCAACAGCCGCGAGCUGCGGGCGCACGAUCGGAUGGUGUUUCUCGAGGAGGACGAGGCCGACCAGCUGGUGCUGAAUGCACGGCGGGAGCAGGACCGCGGACGACGGCGGGGAUCGAACUUGGCUUUGGCCAACCCGCUCAAGUUUCUGGGCAUCCGGCGGUACAGCGACGGCAGCCGAUCGCGAAGUCCCGAUCCGACGCCGCGAUCGACGAUAACCAAUGCGACAACACUGCGGGCAUCGACAUCCACCGACCGUUUUAGCCGGGGCGGAAAGAAGGGCGGAGUGUCAAAAUCUGAGAAGCGACGGCAACGGCGGCAACGGCGGAAAGACAAGAAGAAACGGCUGCUCUCACAAGCGCGCGAUGGCGAGGACGCGGAGCUCAUGUUUGAGAUGGAAGAGGGCGGCAUGAAGGAAGGCAGUUCGACGGGCGACAGCAGCGACCGCAGCGACCGCAGCGAUCGCGGCGACCGCGACGACAGCGAUGACGCGGACCGCCGCGGGCUGGCUGGGCUGGCCGAGCUCAAGGGCCGGCGCAAGCGGCGCAGCUGGGGCCGCUGGCUGUUGCUGCACACGAUGAUUGCGGUAGCGUUUUCCCUGCUGGUGCUGGGCGCGUGGAAGAUGACGCUGGUCAAGAAGGCCGAGCAUGCACAGCAGCAGGAGGCCCUCAAAGGCGACAAGCCCGCCAAGGCCCGAACGCUGGUCACCAACGGCACGGCGCUGUUCGCGCCGACGACGCUCCUCAUCAGCCUCGACGGCUUCCGGGCGGACUUUCUGAACCGCGGACUGACGCCACGGCUCAGCUCGUUUGUGCGCGAGGGCGUGUCGCCGCUGUACAUGCUGCCGUCGUUUCCGAGCGUGACGUUUCCCAACCACUACACGCUGGCAACGGGCCUGUACCCGGAGUGCCAUGGCGUGGUGGGAAACACGUUCUGGGAUCCCGAAUUCAAGGCCGACUUCCACUACACGGACCCGGCACGCAGCUUGGACCCCAGGUGGUGGGGUGGCGAGCCGUUCUGGGUGACGGCGGAGCGGCAGCGCGCGCGCACGGCGGUGCACAUGUGGCCCGGCAGCGAGGCGCACAUUCUGGGACUGGAGCCGUCGUACGUGGACAAGUACAAUGGCGACGAAAAGCUCUCGAAAAAGGUGGUCCGCAUUCUUGAGUUUCUGGACAAGCCGGGACUGGAGACGGCGGCCGCCGACGACGUGGACGGAAUGAAGGUACCAAACCUGCGGCCGCAGCUCAUUGCGGCGUACGUGCCCAAUGUGGACGCAGACGGGCACCGGUACGGGCCCAACAGCACCGAGAUCCGCGGGACGAUUGCGGCGGUGGACUCGAUGCUCAACGACAUUUUUGCAGGCCUGGAGGCGCGCAACCUGACGCACAUUGUCAACGUGAUUGUCGUGUCGGACCACGGCAUGGCGACGACGGACGCGUCGCGGCUGAUGCAGCUCGAGGACCUCGUGGACAUGGACCGGGUCCAGCACGUGGACGGGUGGCCGCUGGUCGGGCUGCGGCCCAAGGAUGACAGCCCCGAGGAGCUGGAGGCGCUGUACCAGUCGGUGCUGAACCGCACAGCGGACAACCCGAACCUGGAGGUGUACCUGCGGGACGUCAACAUGCCGGCGCGGUACCACUUCUCGCACAACCCGCGGAUCGCGCCGCUUUGGCUGGUGCCCAAGGCGGGGUGGAAUAUUGUGCAAAAGGCCGAGUUCAACGUGGCUGAGGGCCUGGCCAACAACCUGGUGUACCAUCCGCGGGGGCUGCACGGCUACGACCACGAGCACCCGCUGAUGCGGGCGAUUUUUGUGGCGCGCGGGCCGGCGUUCCCGCAUGCACCGAACAGCAAGCUGGAGCCGUUUCAAAACAUUGAGGUGUACAACAUGCUCUGUGACUCGAUCGGGAUCGAGCCGGCGAUCAACAACGGCACGCUGCAUCUGCCGCUAAAGCCGGUGGGACUGCACGACGCGCCGCCUGCGGAGCCGGAGGAUCCUGUGCCGGCGUACACCAAGGAGACGAGUGCGUUGGAGGUGGCGACGAACCCAAAGACGGCGCCGGGGCCCAUUCCGACGCAGCCCACGAAAGCAGCGACUGUGGGCGUCGAUCCCGUCGACAAGACGACUACGAAAAAACCCACGCCAUCAACUGGGUUGCCCUCGGCGUCGGCCACCGUGAGUCAGCCUUCCAGUUCGCCGGCUCCUGUUGACGGUGACAACAACAGCGACAAAAACCCGCUCAACAAGGUGGCCGAGGCGGCGGCGGACCUGUGGGGUUGGAUCACAGACAAGAUUGGCGAGGCCUGGAGCAAGAUCAAGGGCCACGGUGGUGAUGCUGAUGACAAAGACGGCCGCAACAACGCGGCAGGCGGCAGAAAAGAGUAG